AUGGUGAUAUCCUUCGAUUUGUUCGUUACCACCAAUGAUAUCAUUAUUGGUUGGAAUUGUGAUACCGUUCAAAAAAAAAACUUGUUGGAAUUUGAAAUCAUUUUAUCACCGGUUAUGGAUAUGUUGGACGGGUCAUUAAUUAUUAAUCGACAAACCCAAAAACCCCAUAAUUGUUUAUGGCAGCGUGGAACGACACCUGACGUAACGAGGGAUCCUCACGAAUGA